AUGUCCGCUAUUGAAGAGGUGUCCCUCAGUUCUGUAGGUGAUGGGGAUCCCAAGACGUUCAUCGCGUUAGGCAUCCAUCAGCAUGACAGCGAACAUGAGCCUGAAGAGGGUGAAAGUGAGUACACAGCCCUGCUUCACUCCAUUAGUCACUACAAACGCUUAGAAUGUCGAUCGGUUUACAGUGACGCGCGCCAUCAUCCCGUCGUGGACCUGACGUACCAUGUGCGUGAACCGAUCAGGACAGUCCAGUUUCCCUGUGAUUUUCCAAAGGCAAUCAGGAUUCACCAUGUCAACAGCUUUCGUCAGAUCCACAAAGGUCAUAUAGAGGCACUUCUCUUAUAG